GACUUCAAUUCUUGAAGGCAAGCCAGAGUGGCAAGAAAGCAGGAAAAAUGGUGCCUUCAAGAUCUUCCAUACUUUCAAUAUUUGUGGCCCUACUCCUAUCUCCAUUAAUAGUUUCACUUCCAAUUCAGGAUAGGUUUCUAAAAUGUCUCUCAAAAUAUUCAGAUACAUCCUUUCCUUUUUCCACUGUCUUGUAUACUCCACAAAACUCUUCUUUCACCAGUGUCUUGCAAUCUUAUGCUCAAAACCUCAGGUUCACCUUGCCUUCAGUACCGAAACCCGAGUUUAUCUUCACUCCUUUACAAGAAUCUCACAUCCAAGCUGUUGUUAUUUGCUCUAAGCAGCUUGAGAUCCACCUUAGAGUCCGUAGCGGAGGCCAUGAUUUUGAGGGACUCUCUUAUGUUUCAGAAAUCGACAAACCUUUCAUUGUUGUAGACCUUGCGAAGCUCCGAUCCAUUAGCGUUGAUAUUGAAGAUAACAGUGCGUGGGUUCAGGUGGGUGCCACGAAUGGUGAACUUUACUACAGAAUUUCUGAGAAAAGCAAAACUCAUGGCUUCCCAGCUGGUACUUGCUCAAGUUUAGGUAUGGGGGGGCACAUUUCAGGAGGUGCAUAUGGUGCCAUGCUGCGAAAAUAUGGCCUUGGAGCAGAUAAUGUCGUUGAUGCACAUAUAAUUGAUGUUCAUGGAAGACUUCUUGACAGAAAAUCCAUGGGCGAAGAUCUUUUUUGGGCCAUCAGAGGAGGUGCAGGGGGCAGCUUCGGAAUCGUCACCGCCUGGAAGUUAAAAUUGGUUUCUGUACCAUCAACGGUGACAGUAUUUACAGUUACCAAGACUUUAGAACAAGGGGCAACUAAGAUCCUUUAUAGAUGGCAAGAAAUUGCUGAUAAACUAGACGAGGAUCUUUUCAUCAGAGUACUCAUUCAGACAGCUAACGUCACCUCUCCGGGUAAAAGAACUAUUGCUACUUCUUACAAUUCCUUGUUUCUUGGUGAUGCCAGCAAGCUUCUUCAGAUAAUGCAGCGCAGCUUUCCUGAAUUGGGUUUGACACGAAAAGAUUGUAUCGAAACAAACUGGAUCAAUUCCACUGUAUUUAUGGCUUUGCUCCAAAAUAAUACUCCUCCUGAAGUUUUCCUUCAAAGAACAGACCUGAACAGGUGGUAUUUCAAAGCCAAAUCGGACUACGCCAAAAAACCCGUCUCUGAAAAGGCACUUGAAGGGUUAUGGGAGAAGUUAUUUGAAGAAGAGAAUCCUCUAAUAGUGUUUACUCCUUAUGGUGGAAUGAUGAGCCAAAUUUCAGAAUCUCAGACUCCUUUCCCUCACAGAAAAGGUACCAAGUUCAUGAUUCUGUACUAUACCGGCUGGCAAGAUGCAAAGGAAAACGUUGCAAAGCAUAUCGAUUGGACUAGGAUGGUUUACAAUUACAUGACACCUUACGUCUCAAAGAACCCAAGGGAAGCAUACGUGAAUUACAGGGAUCUUGAUUUGGGCAUGAACAACGAUUCUAACACAAGUUUUGUUGAAGCAAGUGUUUUUGGUACUAAGUACUUCAAGGAUAACUUCUACAGGUUGGUGCAUGCGAAGACCGAAGUUGAUCCUGAUAAUUUCUUCAGGCACGAACAAAGCAUUCCACCACUUCCACUGCACAUGAGAUAAAGAAAUUGAAGUGGAAUUCAUCUCCAGCAAAGCUUAGUUGGAUCACUAUUUUCACAAGUCUUGAUCGAUCUUCUUGUUGUUGUUUUUUUAAUACUUUAGCUAAAUAAAGAAAUGCCAUGUUAUGCAAUCAUUCUGUCUGGGGUUUAUUUAUUAUAAAUAAAAACUUUGCAUUGUACAGUCCAA